UCAAUCACGUUCUUACUCCUUCCUUUGCCAUUAUAUGUGAGAGCAUCGACCAUAACAUAACUUGCAAGUUUUUGCAGUUCCAUAGACUGAAAAGCAAAUUAUGUUGUGACAAUCUCAACAAUUCAAUCUGUUAUCACUAAAAUAAAAUGAACUAAGUACAAACAAAAGUAAAGAGUAAAAGGAAGAGGGAAUCGCAUCUAUAUCGUUUUAACGAUUCGACCGUAGUCUACAUCCACUGUCGUAUCAAAGAGCAGAAGCAAAUCUUAUUAGGCCACACAUCAAGAUAUGGAGAAGAAAGAUUAGACACGGCAAGUUUAUUGUUUUGGUUAAUUGAAGAGAAGAUUAUGCUCCACUGAUCUCAUUCCGCAGAUUUUACUUCAAUCCCUCCAUUUUGUGUUAACUGUUUUUGUGUAAUGUGGGACCUGAAAUCUCAUAAACUCCUCUAUUUAUUCCCAAAUUCCCACCCCAUUUCUCUUCAAUUUUCUUUGUCCCACACCUCCGACCAUAGCUUCCAACAAACAGCAAUAUAUGCCAUCACAUUAUUGCUCUAGUUUCAUGGCUGCUUUUCUUUUCUUCCUCGUUUCUGUUCUUGUAAUGUCCUCUAGUAGCAUUACUGCUCAGGGUCCACCCUUCCCUGGCUUCUACCCCAGUUCCUCUAUUCAAUCCAGUGGGUUUAGUCAGUAUUUUAGAAACCUCUGGGGUCCUCAGCAUCAAAGGCUUGACGACCAAGGCUCAGUAACCAUUUGGCUCGACAGUACUUCAGGUAGUGGGUUUAAAUCACUGCAAUCAUACCUAUCCGGUUACUUUGGUGUUGCUGUAAAACUCCAAUCUGGCUACACUGCAGGAGUUAUCACAUCAUUCUACCUCUCAAACAACCAAUAUUUCCCUGGAAACCACGACGAAAUUGACCUCGAAUUCCUGGGAACAACACCAGGGAAGCCGUACACUCUCCAAACAAACGUCUUCAUCAGAGGAAGUGGAGAUGGAAACAUUAUCGGAAGAGAAGUGAAGUUCCAUCUCUGGUUUGAUCCCACGCAGAAUUUCCAUCACUACGCCAUUCGAUGGACUCCAUCAGAUAUCAUAUUCUUGGUAGACGAUGUCCCGAUUCGGAGGUAUACAAGAAAGAACGACGCGACUUUCCCAGUAAGGCCACUGUGGGUUUACGGAUCGAUAUGGGAUGCUUCCCAAUGGGCGACAGAGGAUGGGAAAUACAAAGCAGAUUAUCGUUACCAGCCGUUCGUGUCAAAGUACCAGGAGUUCAAAAUAAGCGGGUGCAGAGGGUUGGCGGGGGAGUCUUGCAGGGCAGGAUCUGGGGGGUUGAGCCAAGAGCAAUACAAGGCAAUGGAGUGGGUGCAGAGGAAUUACUUGGUGUAUGAUUAUUGCAAUGAUCCAAAGAGAGAUCACACCCAAAUACCUGAAUGUUAAACCACAAGGAGAAGGAGAAGGAGAAGGAGAAUUGAUCGUAACGGUCAACACUAAAAAUAGUUACAAAAUUUAAGAAAAAGGUGAGGUGUUGAGAUGGUUGGUGAAAAAGGCUUGGGAAAUUACAAUACUAUACUAUACUACUUGUGCGUCCAACCAAAUAUUUGAACUUUGUUUAAAGCUUUUUUCUUUUUUAAUUGUUUCCUAUAUAAAGUGAACAAAAAUAUGUGUGAUUGUUUUUUCUUCUUUUUUCUUUUUUUCUAAUGAAAAAUGUUAUAAUUUUGGUGGAAGAUUUGGAGGAGGAAAGUAAAUUUAGGGAGUU